AUGGUCAUCGCAACUAUAUCUCACCACCUGCAACCUCAACACAAUCGACCAUCACCACCAUUCUUACCAUCCAUUGCCGCCCUACCAUCUUCUCCAUCACCAUCUCUUUCCUGUUCCAUGGUACAACAUGUGCAUAUGUUCCAGACAAGUGCAACUGUUGCAUAUGCUUUUGGAGAACCAUCACAAAUUGAAACUUCUAUACUAUCUGCUUCUAACUUAAAACCUUCAGAUAAAACUGGGGAAACGAUGAAGCCAAACUUAAAGAAAGUUAAAUAUAAUGCUUUUCAACCUCUUCAGAAGGGUGAUUACAUUAAGGAGCAGGUUAUAGAUGCUUGUGCUAAAGGAAACUUGGGUCAUUUUAUAAAUCACAGCUUUCAACCAAAUUGUCGCACUGAAAAGUGGAUGGUUAAUGGGGAAGUCUGCAUUGGACUCGUUGCAAUAAGAGAUAUUAAGAAGGCUUUAUCUGGUGUUUAUGCGAAAGACCUUCAUGUUAGACUAGCUUGUUUAAAUGCUACAAAAUGCAUCCCAGCUAUAUCCAGCCAAUCUGUUCCUCAAGAUGUAGAAAUUGCAACUAUCAUUUCGAUCGCCUUACAUGAUCCCAUGGUCAUUUGCUCUGCUAUUGGAUCUCUAUUACAAUCACUUCCUUAG